GUCGCAGGGCCGGGCUUGGCGCGGUGGGCUCGCUCUCGCUCUCGAGGCAGCGCUCGCCGAGGCCUCUCGCUCCGCGGCACGUGACUGCCGGCCGCCUCCGCCGCGGUCUGCACUGCAGCGCGGGCCGGGUGUGCGGGUGGAGAAGAGGCGGCCGCCGCGGGUGGCCCCGGAGCUCGAGGAAUUGAAUCGACCUUGGCAUUUGCCAGGCAGGCGCUUGUGCUGCUGAGCCUUAUCCACGGCCCUAUUUUAACACAUUAAACAUUGUAGACAAAAGGAUCUUUACAUUUUUAAAGAUCAUGGGGGGGAAGCGGCUACUGUGUAUGCUACUGGUUCUUGGAGCUGCUGCUGUUCAAGCUCAUGAUGGACAUGACGAAGAUAUGAUUGACAUUGAGGAUGACCUUGAUGAUGUCAUUGAAGAGGUAGAAGACUCAAAAUCAAAACCAGAUACCAGCACUCCUCCUCCAUCUCCAAAGGUUACCUAUAAAGCUCCAGUUCCAACAGGAGAAGUUUAUUUUGCCGAUUCCUUUGAUAGAGGAUCUCUGUCAGGGUGGAUUUUAUCCAAAGCCAAGAAGGAUGACACUGAUGAUGAAAUUGCCAAGUAUGAUGGACAGUGGGAGGUAGACGAAAUGAAGGAAACAAAGCUUCCAGGAGACAAAGGACUUGUGUUGAUGUCUCGGGCCAAGCAUCAUGCCAUCGCUGCUAAACUGAGCAAGCCCUUCGGAUUCGAUGCUAAGCCUCUCAUUGUUCAGUAUGAGGUUAAUUUCCAAAAUGGAAUAGAGUGUGGUGGUGCAUAUGUGAAACUUCUUUCCAAAACACCAGAACUCAACUUGGAUCAGUUUCACGACAAGACCCCCUAUACAAUUAUGUUUGGUCCGGAUAAAUGUGGAGAGGACUAUAAGUUACACUUCAUCUUCCGCCAUAAAAACCCCAAGACAGGUGUAUAUGAAGAAAAGCAUGCCAAGAGGCCAGAUGCAGACCUGAAGACAUAUUUUACUGAUAAGAAGACCCAUCUUUACACCUUAAUCUUGAAUCCGGACAAUAGUUUUGAAAUAUUAGUUGACCAAUCUGUUGUGAAUAGUGGCAAUUUACUAAAUGACAUGACACCACCUGUAAAUCCUUCUCGAGAAAUUGAGGACCCAGAAGACCAGAAGCCUGAAGACUGGGACGAACGGCCCAAAAUACCCGAUCCAGAUGCUGUCAAGCCAGAGGACUGGGAUGAGGAUGCCCCUGCUAAGAUUCCAGAUGAAGAGGCCACAAAACCUGAAGGCUGGUUAGAUGAUGAGCCCGAGUAUGUACCUGAUCCAGAUGCAGAGAAGCCAGAGGACUGGGAUGAGGACAUGGACGGGGAAUGGGAGGCCCCGCAGAUUGCCAACCCUAAAUGUGAGUCGGCCCCUGGCUGCGGGGUCUGGCAGCGACCUAUGAUUGACAACCCCAAUUAUAAGGGCAAAUGGAAGCCUCCUAUGAUUGACAACCCUAACUACCAGGGAAUUUGGAAACCAAGGAAAAUACCAAACCCAGAUUUCUUUGAAGAUCUAGAACCUUUCAAGAUGACUCCAUUUAGUGCUAUUGGUUUGGAGCUGUGGUCCAUGACAUCCGACAUCUUUUUUGACAAUUUCAUCAUUAGUAGUGAGCGAACCGUCGUUGAUGAUUGGGCCAGCGAUGGUUGGGGCCUGAAGAGAGCUGCUGAUGGAGCCGCUGAGCCAGGCGUCGUGGGGCAGAUGCUUGAGGCGGCUGAGGAGCGCCCGUGGCUCUGGGUGGUCUACAUUUUGACUGUGGCUUUGCCUGUGUUCCUUGUAAUCCUCUUCUGCUGCUCCGGAAAGAAGCAGUCCAAUGCCAUGGAAUACAAGAAGACUGAUGCUCCUCAACCAGAUGUGAAGGAGGAGGCAGAGAAGGAGGAAGAGAAGGAUAAGGGAGAUGAGGAGGAGGAAGGGGAAGAGAAGCUUGAAGAAAAACAAAAAAGUGAUGCUGAAGAAGAUGGUGGCACUGUUAGUCAAGAGGAGGAAGACAGAAAACCUAAAGCAGAGGAGGAUGAAAUUUUGAACAGAUCACCACGAAACAGAAAGCCACGAAGAGAGUGAAAUGAUCUUAAGAACUCGAUCUGUGAUUUCUUCUCCCUCCCCUUCCCUUGCAAGUGUGGUCCUAGGAGAGGACUGGCCUGCCUUAGGUUGACACUCAGAAACCUCCGACGUCACCAUCAACAGGUUCCAGCUGAAUACUAGUCUGUGUAACCUAAACAUCUAGCAGUAAAUAAUUGCAGUUGUGACAUAAAGGAAGGACCCUGUUUCUGUAGAAAACAUUUAACAUAAUGGUUGUGAAAUGUAACAUGAAGCAACUAACUUGUGUUUUUUGUUUUGUUUUUAAACACCUUUUUAAAAUAGAAUCAUAAAACCUUGCCAGUCUAAAAUUUUGGCUUAAUUGAAUAUAUUAAUCUGUCUGCAGAAAUAACACCAACAUUUAGAAAUACUAGUGGAAUGAAUUUCAUUUUUUAUAACAAUUUUUUUUUAAGUUUGGUAUUAAAAAACAUUUAAAUGUCUCUGUCCCUUAAAAUUGAUAAUCAUGUUUAAAGUACAGUCAUCUGUGAUUAUAAUGUUAUUUUGCUUGCUUCCAUUACUCAAUUCCUCCUAAGGAAAUGGAGGAGGGAUUGGACGGAAGCCCAAAUUUAUAUAAAAGUUUUGUUUAAGUUGUAUUAAAAACAGACAUAUAAAAAUAUACCUUUUCACUUGAUGCUGGUUAGACCAUAAAGUACGUGUGUUCUGUAGCCCUUGGAACUGCUCAGUUUCCAGAGCGCUUUGCAGUUAGUGGAGGAGGUGGCCUAAUGGAGCACUUGGGCAUUCACACUUCACGCACAGGGAGGCUCUGGGCUUGGCCUUUGGAGCAGGUGGCUUUUUAAGGGUUGCUGACAGGGUAUGUGAGCUCCAGAGUAGAUGUUUCAUCACUUGUCCACUGUGUUGACACUGUUUUCCUCACCUGUUCUCCCAGUUCCCCGCUUUCUCCUCUGCUAUGCAUUGUCUUCACAGCGCAGCUUGCAGUCCGUUGCUGAAAAUGAUUAUAAAGCUCUGCAUAGUGUUAAGCUUUAUUGUGAUUACAUGUAUAUUUCUUUGCUUUUUUUUUAACAGAUCCAUACCUUUCCAGGGUCAAAGUACAGGAUAGAAUAUAAACUCUGAUACUUUUUUUUCCAUUUCUUUAAUUCUGUAUAAAGACUUCAGAAGUCUAAUCCAGAGGUGGGCCAAUUCAGAGUUGACUGUAAUUGAACACAGGCUAAAAGUAUUUAUGGGAGGAGUGAUAUAUAGCAUGAAUUAAUCUGAUUUUUGUAGAAUAUUUUAAGUCUUUAUUUGCUGUUUGUGUGUUAAAUUUACACAAUAAAGCAGUCCUGUUAAUUUUUUUUUAAUGUGGCUUGAAUGUUUUUGAGAAGCGAUUUUAGGUUUUUUCACGUGGAAUGCAGAUGGGUGCUAUCAGAGUCUCUUCCUUAUCACUGUAGUGUAAUAAGGUCGUUAUUACACCACCCUGAAAUGUAUUCAGAAACAGAAGUUGUUUCAGCUUUAUUCUUUGUUUGGAGGUGUUUCAACUGUCCUGAUGAUGCUGUUCCUUGCACUGAAUAUAUAGACACUCCAUGGUGUUUAUAGUGGGGAGAUUUUGAGGAGGAACUACAUUUGUAAAAGGUGAAGGCGGUACCCAUUUUAUCUUUUUUUAAAACACUGGUUCAUUAUUAAUUUUUUUAGAGGGUGGGAAGCAUUUUUCUUGCUGUUUAGUGCUUUAUCCUUCUCAUCUGUUGUUCUGUGGUCACAGUGAUCUUAGCUAUGUCGCAGACUUUCCCAAAUGUAUUGAGUGCAAAUAAACAGUUAUUUAGUAAGACCCGAAAA